AUGGAAGACGAUGAAGAUAGAACUGAAGUGGAAGGGCAGUUGACGGCAGAAAGUAUAAAGCUAAUUUCAGAAUCUGUAGGAAUUUCCAGUCUUAACGAUGAAGCCUUAAAUUUGCUGAUAGAUGACGGAACGUAUCGACUGAAACAACUCACACAGGUCAGUUGAAUUGAAUUAAUGGCUAGAUUGUGUUUAACGAGGUUAUAACAAUUGCACUGUAAAUUAUUGCAGCUUUUUAAUUUUGAACUUUAAAACUAAGCAUUUUGGUAAGAUUUCCACAUAGCCCCAACUCGGUCGGAAUAAAAAUGGAACGUCCCUGCCAACCCGUUGACAAAAUUUCCUAUGGAAUUUCUGAAGGUUGUAGGACUGAAGACCAAAGUUACUGAGUGGGAGACAGCAGAAUAGCCAAAAUAUCAGAAGGUUGUGAGACUUGCAGGGCACAUUUUCUGAGGGGAUAUAUAUGUUCAUCAAUGAAUUUUUCUCAGGGCUUUGGGGGAAAAAGAGCAUUUUUUUGAGGGAUAAUUUCAGUCUUUUUUCAAUGUUGUGUGGGAGGUGGGUGUAUAUUAAAUGGUAUGGCCCAUAGCAAGCUAAUCCCAGUAAAGAAUUAUUAUUUCCUCUUAUCACUGAAUGCAGGAGGCAGCUAAAUUUAUGCAACACUCAAAACGUAGGAAACUCAUCACUGGAGACAUUGACAGUGCACUUCAUGUACAGAACAUUGAGGUAUGCCUGUGUUAAAUUAUGCUUUAUACAAAUCAGCUGAUUUAGUGGCAGUUUUACUGGGCAAAACCAGCUGAAGUUGUAUUGUGUUUUGGCACUUUCACCGACAAGUCUUUGUAUAGUGGUGUACUAAGGGCAAGCAAUUAUGGGUGUUUCUUGAUGUUGCAGAAACCAUUGUCGGUUUGCUUUUGUUUUUGGGUGUUGAUUUUGUUCCGUGUCUUUUCAAUCUUUUCUAUUACAUCAUUUGGUGAUCGCACCCAUCUGUAACACCAAGAAACAACUGCAAUGAUGCAACAAAAUUAAGUUGACCUUGAAUAGUGCUUUUUAAAAGUAACUUUUACCUUUCUUGGUGCUUCAGAAACCUCAUAAAAGACUCAGUCAUCCAAGGGCAUAAUAUGGAAUAGCACUAAACAAAAAAACUGCUCAGUAGCUUUACAUCAAAUAAUUACAUGAACAUGACAGGAUUUCAUAUUAAUUAAGAACCACCUUGAACAGCAUAAUGAGCGCACAACAGAAAUGUACUUCUAUGUAGGUUUUGUUUGAAUUAGAGUACUAUGAUUGCUUAUAGAUAUUAAGUGGAUGAAAUAUUUAUUUAUUUAUUAUUUAUUUAUGGGAUAGGUCUGUUGCUGAAUACUGAGCAUUUUAGCAGGUCUGUUGCUCAUAGGUCUGUUGCUUAAUACUGAGCAUUUUAGACCACUCUAAAAAAUAAUAAUAACAAUAAUAGCAAAAACAUUGACCAUAAUAAGAAGACGAGAACUUUCUUAUACCACACCCAGAAAGAGAAGAGGAAAAAAGACAAUACUAGUUAUGUAAGGUAUAAAACCACCUAGAAAAUAGUUAAUCUAGCUAGGAUGCUUUAUGGAUUAAUUCAAAAUACUAAAGUGGUUGUUACAUAAACACACACCCCCAUGCACGUCAGACAAAAAGCAGUGAACGAUAAAAAUAAUGUCAAUAGAUGUUAAAAAUUGGGUUUUUAAAUGCAGCCAGUGAACAGGUCCAUUUAUUUAAUUGCUUGAUGUUGCUGGUUAUUUUUCUUUUCACAGCCUCUUUAUGGCUUUAGCUCUAAGGAUUUUAUCCCAUUCCGGUUUGCCAGUGGUGGUGGGAGAGAGUUGUAUUAUUAUAAUGAUCCUGAGAUUGACUUGAAUGACAUUGUCAGUUCUCAGUUACCUCGUAUUCCACUGGAUGUGACCAUCAAAGGUAACUAUUAAUUCCUUUAAGCCUCAAUAUCAAUGUGCAUAUUCUCCACACUGUUCAUUAUACAUUUUUUAUGGUAUGCUUGUUCAAAUAUCAAGACGUUAUGAUUUUAUGUUAUCUUCCGUGAUCAUUUCUUGUAUCGUCAUGACCUGUAUGAUUAAUCAGGCUGUAUUAUCGCUAGAAGAAAUUGGUUGCUUGUCACUAGUGAGCCGGGGUUUAAAGGGUUAAACCCUGGGGGUGGAUAAUCUCCAAGGGUCAAACCUUGGGAGUGGAUAAUCUCCUAGGGUUAAACCCUGGGGGUGGAUAAUCUCCUAGGCUCUAACCCUGGGGAUGGAUAAUCUCCCAGGGUUAAACCCUGGGGGUGGAUAAUCUGCAUAAAUAUGGCAGGGUUGCUCUUUGUACCUUUUAGAAGUUAAAAUUUGUGGAUUAGUACUGCCAAAAAGAAAUAAAUUCAACAAAAUUUCCAAAUUUCAUUUUAUAAUUUGCUGAAAAACGAAUAAUACUUCAUGAAAGUUCAGCCAAAGAGUUUUCGUUAGAAUGGUGACACGAAAGGAAUUCAUUCACAUGCAUUGAUUUAUUGUGUACCUCCAUACUUUUCAUUUAACAAUAAUUUAUUAAUACAUUUGAAGUUAUAAACAUACGCUUGUAUUAAACAAAACAUGCUCUUUGUUUCAGCUCAUUGGCUGAGUAUUGAUGGUCUUCAACCUGCCAUUCCAGAAAACCCUCCUCCAGGUCUGUGCAUUGUUGAAUAGAAUCUGACAGUGGAACUUUCCUGAGAUCAUUGUAUAUCAGGGCUGUUAGGGGCCGGGGAUUUCCACCAGCCACCAUAAACGUGGCCCCCAACUACUUUCAUAGGAAAAUAGAAGAAAAAUAUAAUGAAAAGAAAUCCCGAGCUUUUUUAUUCCCUGCCUACUUGUUGUAUUUACAUGGCAACUUGUAAUCUUAGUGACAUCCCUGAAUAAAGUGUUUCUUUGAAAUAUUUCCUUAAAUUUUCUGUUAUAUCAACCAUCAUUUAUUUGAAGUUUGUUGUCAACAAAAUGGUAUGAAAACUUGACAUUCUCCAUCAGCGUAAGUAAUGCUCCCUAGUAAAUUGGAAAGUGCUACGAAUUAUUAGUAUUAAUAGCGCUAUAUAAAUGAAUUAUAUUAUUAUUAUUAUUAUUAUGAAAUGAAGUAGACGAAAUUUAUUAUUUUAGGCUACUUAAAAAUAUUUUGAAUUAGUUGAAAUAAAUUUUCACCCAAUUUCAUUUUUUUUCUGCUAUGUGCCUAUUAUGCAUAUGUAAAAUUUUAAGCGUGAAUGACAUUAAUAAUUAAUAAAUAAUUAAUAAUUAAACAAUUAAUAAUUUAUUUGCCAUGCUCCUAGUCCCAGUUGUUCAAAAGAUGGAUAAUGCUAUUCAGUGGAUAGUGCAAUUUUUUAUUGGUUUCCCUAAUACUUAUCCACUGGAUAGAGAUUUAUACGGAGGAUAGCUCUGUCCAAUGUUUGAACAACACGGGCCUGAUAUUAGUGUUUCCUUUUACCCACCAUACAGAUGCUAAGGAUAGUAGACCUGUGCAAGCCACAGCAGUACCAGCAGGAACAAAAGCAACUAAACUACAGGCAGCAAAAACAGCAGAUAAAGGAAAGAAACAAGCAGCUGUAAAAAAAGCUGGCAUCAACACUACUGCUGAGAGUGCUGAGGACAAGAAUAAACAAACAAAACCACAAGUUACUCAUGAAUUAUCUGUGGUAUGUCUUCUUAUGUUGAAAAAGUACUGUUUUUACCAUAUUGCAAUGUGCAUCACUGGUGUGUAUGUAGUGCAAUCCUGAUUUUUCAAACCCUUUUCGGUGAAAAGGGAAUUGGUUGGAAUGAUCAGGAUGUCCAGGGUUUUGGAAUAAUCAGGGUGGUCAUUAGGCAUUCAAAAUUGGAGAAUUCUCUGUUUACUAGGCAGAUUUCUUACAUUUGGUAGCCUAUGACUAUUUUUUAUUCAGACGUGGAGCCUCUUUCAGAAUAUUCUCCUGUAAUGUUACACCUUUCUCCUGCUACUAGAAUUCUUAAUGAAAACCCUGAUAAUUAUUUCUUGCAAGUAUUAUUAAUUUAAGCAUGAGUGGGUCCACAUAACAUAACCAAGUUCUUUAAGUAUGUACAGUCAUUAAUCAUUUGAAGUUGCCAAGGAGCAGAUGGAUUUGAUGAGAGAAACACCCAGGAAUAAUCUUAACUGUGUGUAUUAUUUUAGGAGCAACAGCUAUAUUACAAGGAAAUUACAGAGGCCUGUGUUGGAUCCUGUGAAUCUAGAAGAGCUGUAAGUUUUCUUGCAUAAUGAUUUGAUGAGCUUGCUACUAACUUGCAAUAUUGAUAAGAUCCACAGAUUUUCAUGUUCAAGGUUCUGUGAAAACCAGUGUGCCCAGCAUAUGCCUUUUAAACCAAAAACUAAGUUUUCUUGGUUUCCCAAGGUUCUUUAACUCACUCUUUGUCCAAACUUUUACUACAAGAAACAGGUGAGGCAAAAACAGAGACAAACAAAGAACAACCAAAAAAUAAUGUGCAAGUAAACUUGGUUUCUCUUUCAUGUUCCAAAUUCAUCAGAAGAUUUGCUUGCUACCUGUGCAGGCCAAAAGUGAAAAAAUAAAUCAUGAUAAAAUUUUCUCAAAAGAACGUUUUUGUAAUGUGCAGUUAGAGUUUGCACCUUUUGGUUUAAGGUAUGAAAAGGAACUGGUUAAAGGCAAAAAUCAUCUUCUGUUAAAAAUUACUGGAGGAUGUCUUGGACAGCAAACCUGCUGAACUAUUUAUUAAGAGGGUUCGUACAGGUCAUGGAAAACCUGGAAAGUCAUGGAAUUUAAGAAUUUCAAUUUCCUGGCCUGGAAAGUCAAGGAAUUUAAUUGUCGGUCCUUGAAAGUUACGGAAAAUUAAAGUUUUGUGUGCUAGAUAAGUUACCGCAGAUGUCAACGCAAGGACAAUGUACACUGAAAAAUAGGAAGGAGUAACUAAACAGUGCAAACGGCACGCAUUUUUGGUGGAUGCCAGAGUUUGUGUCUCUUGAACUGUUAAAGGUCAAAAAAUACUCUAAAACAAGGAAGGUGUUUGAGUUUUUGAAACUGACAGCUAAACCUAAGGUCUUGGAAAACUUGAAAAGGUCAUGAAAGAAGUCAUGGAAUUUGAAGAACUCAAAAGAGUGCAAACCCUGAUUAGUAUUUUCAGAAAAGAUGAAACACUGCACGUUUUUUACUUUUUUAGUUCAAAAUAUGGCCACUUACUUCAAAGUUCCGUUACAACCUUGACUUGACUGCAGUUUAUUUUGUUUUCACAAUUUCUCUGGCUCUUAAUGGUUGUUUAUUUUAAAACAAAAGAUUUACAGUUGACACGUUUCUACUUAUUUCUAGGAAGCUCUUCAGAGUUUGUCAACAGACCCAGGACUUUAUCAAAUGUUGCCACGAUUUAGUACUUUUAUCUCUGAAGGGGUAAGUCAUUAAAAGAGUAGUACAUUCCUAAAAAUUACUUGAACCUAUUGUAGUUUGUUGCCUUAAUGUUUGUUCAUGUUUUUGUGUAUUAUUUUAUUUUUUGUAGGUAAGAGUAAAUGUGGCCCAGAAUAACCUAGUGCUAUUAAUCUACUUGAUGCGCAUGGUGAAAGCAUUGUUGGACAAUCCUACCCUCUACUUAGAAAAAUAUGUAAGUGGUUAUGUUACAGAGUAAAAUGAAAUUCAGGUUAAAUUUUUUAACGUAGGUUUAUUGUCAAUUUCCUUUAUCUCCUUGCGCCAAUUAUCCAUGGAUUAGAAUUUAAUUUUGACCUGUUACAGUUAUUCCUCUUAUACAGAGUUGUAAGAAAAACACAUUGAUACAGUGUAGUCUUAAUGUUUUAUUACAUAAUAAGUUGACAAAAAGAUUCCGAAGCCUUUUUUCUAGAUUAAGAAAAAACUGCCCUGCUAUGGCAUGCCCAAUGAUACAUUCUGUCCAUUACCUAGCUUGCCUUCCUCAUACACUGUACCUAGCAAGAUUAGGUACGGCGUAUACAAAACCUGGAUCGGAUCAACCGCUGUAAUCCUGUCUGCGACUUAAGGCAUUGAUUCAGUCUAUGUUUUGCUGAUGCUUCAGUUAAGCGUGAUGCAUGCUAUAUGUUUAAAAACACUGUCCUUUUAAUGCAAAAAUCAGGGCUGCUGAUAGACUUCAAAAGUGAUGAUGUCAUGAGAAUUACGUUUUGAAAUUAUGGGAUUUGUUGGGAUAUUCUGAAAGGCCUACUUGCCAAAAAUGUGCAUUUCAGGGCAAAUUGUCUCUGAGAUAUUAGCCCAGUUAUGCUCCGAUUACUCCAUACAAAUCCUUCUAAAUUUGCCUUUGUUCAUAACCUUAUAAACCAGACUAUAACUUGGUUAAUAUCUCUGAGACAAUUUGCCCUGAAAUGCCAGUUUUUGGCAAGUAGGCCUUUUGGAUGUUUUUUUUAAAAAGAAUAUCACGACAAAUCCCAUAAUUUUACAAAUUUAACUUUAUACGAUGUCACACUUUGAGAUUCUGUAGCUAAUAGUCAGAUCUCAAAUUGGAUCAGUCUAGGUUUCUGGGUAACUGCCCACCUACCCCUCCCCUAAGCCACCAUUUUUCCCUAAGUGAGAAUUAAGUUAUAAUGUUGGCUUAGGCGAGGGGUAGGUGGGCAUUUUCUCUGAAAGGGUUAGGGUUAGGGUCCCUAUUUAGGUUAGGAUCCCUAAGAUUUUUGUUUUAGUUACCGCAAAAUUCUGCAAAUAAGCCCCUCCAUGUAUAAGCCCCUCCAAAUAUAAGCCCCCCAAAACUGUAACGCAUAAAAAACCCUCCGUUAAAUCGCCCCUCCAAAUAUAAGCCCCCCGGGGGCUUGUACCUGGAAAAUUGCCCUCAAAUACAGAGUAAAACAAAGCAAAAACGAUAAAUUUACUUCCAACUAGAAGGCUAGCCCAAUCGAUUUUAAAACGCAAAUUUCCCUCCGUAGAUAAGCCCCUCCGGGGCUUACUUUCGGAAUUUUACGGUAUUCUAGCAUUAUAGUAAGUGUUAAGUUUUGACAUUAACUCAAGGAUCUCUUGUUGUUUCUUCAGUUACAUGAGUUAAUCCCAGCAGUGAUGACAUGUAUUGUAAGUAAACAGUUGAGUCCAAAGCCAGACACAGAUAAUCACUGGGCAUUAAGAGACUUUGGCUCAAGACUUAUUGCUCAAAUCUGCAGGUUUGUUACUUCAUGUCUGCCUAUCUGCAAUGUGUCAUUAUAAGCAUUAACAAGUUAUAAUUAUGGGGUUCCUCUUGUCUCCCGCAAUCCUAAUCUCCAGGCUGUUAUUACGCAUGUGUCACAUAUAUGUAGCCAGCAUUUGUUUGGACUUCCACUAAGAAUGAACGGAAUACACGUAAUGACAUUUGAUCUAGCGCAUUUGGACCUUCCAUUUGUUCCCCAACCUUGCAAACACAUAUUCCUAGUGAUAUGUGUUCCCCUACAUCGGAAACACAUAUCCCUAGUGAUAUGUGUUCCCCUAUGUGGGAAACACAUAUUCCUAGUGAUAUGUGUUCCCCUAUGUGGGAAACACAUAUUCCUAGUGAUAUGUGUUCCCCUACGUGGGAAACACAUAUCCCUAGUGAUAUGUGUUCCCCCACCUGGGAAACACAUAUCCCUAGUGAUAUGUGUUCCCCCACCUGGGAAACUCAUAUCCCUAGUGAUAUGUUUUUCCCCAUCUGGGAAACACAUAUCCCUAGUGAUAUGUGUUCCGCCACCUGGGAAACACAUAUCCCUAGUGAUAUGUGUUCCCCCACCUUAAAAACACUUGUCCCUAGUGAUAUGUGUUCCCCCACGUGGGAAACACAUGUCCUUAGUGAUAUGUGUUCCCCCACCUGGGAAACACAUAUCUCUAGUAAUAUGUGUUUCCCAACCUGGGAAACACUUAUCCCAAGUGAUAUGGUUUUGGUCGAAAAAUGGAAAUUUUUCCAAUUUUUUUUGGAAAAUGUCUUUCACAUUAUUCUAGAACGAAAAAACGCCUUUUUAGGCUAUAAAAACAAGAAGUUCAAAAAGUCGAAAAAUUGACAUUUUUCAAUAGGGGUUAACCCAUGGUUUUGGUCUAAAAAUGGCCAUUUUUCCAACUUUUUUUUUUUAGGCAAUAUAGGCGAGAAAAAUGUCUUUUACGUUAUUCUAGAACGAAAAAAAGCAUUUCUAGGCUAUAAAAACACGAAGUUCCAAAAGUCGAAAAAUUGACAUUUUUCCAAAGGGGUUAACCCAUGGUUUUGGUAUGAAAAUGGCCAUUUUUCGAACUUUUCUUUUUUACGCAAUAUAGGCCAGGAAAAUGUCUUUUACGUUAUUCUAGAACAAAAAAACGCCUUUCUAGGCUAUAAAAGCAAGAAGUUCAAAAAGUCGAAAAAUUGAGAUUUUUUCAAAGGGGUUAACCCAUGGUUUUGGUCUAAAAAUGGCCAUUUUUCCAACUUUUUUUUUUUAGGCAAUAUAGGCGAGAAAAAUGUCUUUUACGUUAUUCUAGAACGAAAAAAAGCAUUUCUAGGCUAUAAAAACACGAAGUUCCAAAAGUCGAAAAAUUGACAUUUUUCCAAAGGGGUUAACCCAUGGUUUUGGUAUGAAAAUGGCCAUUUUUCGAACUUUUCUUUUUUACGCAAUAUAGGCCAGGAAAAUGUCUUUUACGUUAUUCUAGAACGAAAAAACGCCUUUCUAGGCUAUAAAAACAAGAAGUUCAAAAAGUCGAAAAAUGGACAUUUUUCUGAAGUGGUUAACCCAUGGUUUUGGUCCAAAAAUGGAAAUUUUUCGAACUUUUUUUUUUAGCCAAUAUAGGCCAAGAAAAUGUCUUUUACGAUAUUCUGGAACGAAAAAACGCCUUUCUAGCCUAUAAAAACAACAAGUUCACAAAGUCGAAAAAUUAAUAUUUUUCCAAAGGGGUUAACCCAUGGUUUUCGCCAAAAAUGGCCAUUUUUCGAAGUUUUCUUUUUUACGCAAUAUAGGCCAGGAAAAUGUGUUUCACGUUAUUCUAGAACGAAGAAACGCCUUCCUAGGCUAUAAAAACAACAAAUUCAAAAUGUCGAAAAAUUGACAUUUUUCCAAAGGGGUUAACCCAUGGUUUUGGUCCAAAAAUGGCCAUUUUUCAAAGUUUUUUUUUUGUAGGCAAUAUAGGCCAGGAAAAUGUUUUUUACGAUAUUCUGGAACGAGAAAACGCCUUUCUAGCCUAUAAAAACAACAAGUUCACCAGGUCGAAAAAUUAACAUUUUUCCACAGGGGUUAACCCAUGGUUUUGGUACGAAAAUGGCCAUUUUUGCAACUUUUUUUUUUAGGGAAUACACGCGAGGAAAAUGUCUUCUACGUUAUUCUAGAACGAGAAAACGCCUUUCUAGGCUAUAAAAACAAGAAGUUCAAAAAGUCGAAAAAUUCACAUUUUUCCAAAGGGGUUAACCCAUGGUUUUGGUCAAAAAAUGGCCAUUUUUCCAACUUUUUUUUUUAGGCAAUAUAGGCCAGGAAAAUGUCUUUCACGUUAUUCUAGAACGAAAAAACGCCUUUCUAGGCUAUAAAAACAAGAAGUUCAAAAAGUCGAAAAAUUGACAUUUUUGAAAAGUGCUUAACCCAUGGUUUUGGUACAAAAAUGGCCAUUUUUCCAAUUUUUUUUUUUAGCCAAUGUAGGCCAAGAAAAUGUCUUUUACGAUAUUCUGGAACGAGAAAACGCCUUUCUAGCCUAUAAAAACAACAAGUUCACAAGGUCGAAAAAUUAACAUUUUUCCAAAGGGGUUGACCCAUGGUUUUGUCCAAAAAUGGCCAUUUUUCAAAGUUUUCUUUUUUACGCAAUAUAGGCCAGGAAAAUGUGUUUCACGUUAUUCUAGAACGAAGAAACGCCUUUCUAGGCUAUGAAAACAAGAAGUUCAAAAUGUCGAAAAAUUGACGUUUUUCCAAAGGGGUUAACCCAUGGUUUUUGUCCAAAAAUGGCCAUUUUUCGAAGUUUUCUUUUUUACGCAAUAUAGGCCAGGAAAAUGUGUUUCACGUUAUUCUAGAACCAAGAAACGCCUUUCUAGGCUAUAAAAACAACAAGUUCAAAAUGUCGAAAAAUUGACAUUUUUCCAACUUUUUUUUUUUAGGCAAUAUAGGCCAGGAAAAUGUCUUUCACGUUAUUCUAGAACGAGAAAACGCCUUUCUAGGCUAUAAAACCAAGAAGUUCAAAAAGUCGAAAAAUUGACAUUUUUCCAAAGGGGUUAACCCAUGGUUUUGGUAGGAAAAUGGCCAGUUUUCCAACUUUUUUUUUAGGUAAUAUAGGCCAGGGAAUUGUCUUUUACGAUAUUCUGGAACGAGAAAACGCCUUUCUAGCCUAUGAAAACAACAAGUUCACAAGGUCGAAAAAUUAACAUUUUUCCAAAGGAGUUAACCCAUGGUUUUGCUACGAAAAUGGCCAUUUUUCCAACUUUUGUUUUUAGGCAAUAUAGGCGAGGAAAAUGUCUUCUAGGUUAUUCUAGAACGAAAAAACGCCUUCCUAGGCAAUAAUAACAAGAUGUUCAAAAAGUCGAAAAACUUAUGGUUUUGGUCCAAAAAUGGCCAUUUUUCCAUGUUUUUUUUUUAAGGGAAUAUACGCGAGGAAAAUGUCUUCUACGUUAUUCUAGAACGAGAAAACGCCUUUCUAGGCUAUAAAAACAAGAAGUUCAAAAAGUCGAAAAAUUGAAAUGUUUCAAAGGGGUUAACGGUUUUGGUCCAAAAAUGGCCAUUUUUCCAUCUUUUUUUUUUUUAACCAACAUAGGCCAGGAAAAUGUCUUUUACGUUAUUCUAGAAUGAAUAAACGCCUUUCUAGGCUAUAAAAACUAGAAGUUCAAAAAGUCGAAAAAUUGACAUUUUUCCAAAGGGGUUAACCUAUGGUUUUGGUCCAAAAAUGGCCAUUUUUCCAAUUUUUUUUUUUAGGCAAUAUGGGCCAGGAUAAUGUCUUUCACGUUAUUCUAGAAUGAAAAAACGCCUUUCUAGGCUAUAAAAACAAGAGUUCAAAAAGUCGAAAAAUUGACAUUUUUCCAAAGGGCUUAACCCAUGGUUUUGGUACGAAAAUGGCCAUUUUUCCAACUUUUUUUUUAGCCAAUGUAGGCCAAGAAAAUGUCUUUUACGAUAUUCUGGAAUGAGAAAACGCCUUUCUAGCCUAUAAAAACAACAAGUUCACAAGGUCGAAAAAUUAACAUUUUUCCAAAGGGGUUAACCCAUUCGCCCCUGAACCGCCCGUAACCGCCCGUGCGGAUUCAGGUCCUUUCUACCCUUUGUGACGUCAUCAGUUGUAACGGUCAAGGACAACUUUCUUCGCACACGUGUGCAGAGUGAAGAGAUCUUUCAAACCAUACCAGAAUGAGCACAAUUCAGUCAAGGGCACCGGAGAAAGAAGCAAAAAACCACGUGACAAGGACCUGAAAAUCUCCAUGAAAAUCUUGUUCCAUUACCCACCUACCUUUCCUUUCACCUAAUCCUAAGAUCCUAAAAGCUUUCCUAAAAACUCUUCCCACCAAAAUGAAGCCUACUAAAUGCCCAGCAAGAGAAAAAAAAAAAUGAGGCAAGAAAAGCGAAAAAAGAAGGGAGGAGAGAAAGCGAAAAGUAAAAGUCAAGACUGCUGUGUCACUUUUAAACCCAAAAACUAUGUCGAAAUUUUGCUUUCUGCGCAUGCCCGAACUUCGCAAGCUGAUAUUUUGCAUCUGGAUCAGAAGGCCGCCAAGUGUACGACCUGUAAACCGGUUUGUGGUAAGUUUUAGCUCUUUAUAGCACGACAGUGACCAGAAAACCACUCGACUAGCUUCAAAACGCGUUUUUCGGCAAAAUCUCCAGGAGCGAAUGGGUUAACCCAUGGUUUUGGUACGAAAAUGGCCAUUUUUGCAACUUUUUUUUUUAGGGAAUAUACGCGAGGAAAAUGUCUUCUACGUUAUUCUAGAACGAGAAAACGCCUUUCUAGGCUAUAAAAACAAGAAGUUCAAAAAGUCGAAAAAUUGAAAUGUUUCAAAGGGGUUAACUUAUGGUUUUGGUCCAAAAAUGGCCAUUUUUCUAUCUUUUUUUUUUUUAACCAAUAUAGGCCAGGAAAAUGUCUUUUACGUUAUUCUAGAAUGAAAAAACGCCUUUCUAGGCUAUAAAAACAAGAAGUUCAAAAAGUCGAAAAAUUGACAUUUUUCCAAAGGGGUUAACCCAUGGUUUUGGUAUGAAAAUGGCCAUUUUUCCAACUUUUUUUUUUAGGCAAUAUGGGCCAGGAAAAUGUCUUUUACGUUAUUCUAGAACGAAAAAACGCAUUUCUAGGCUAUACAAACAACAAGUUGAAAGAGUCGAAAAAUUCACAUUUUUCCAAAGCGGUUAACCCAUGGUUUUGGUCCAAAAAUGGCCAUUUUUCAAAGUUUUCUUUUUUACGCAAUAUAGACCAUGAAAAUGUGUUUUACGUUAUUCUAGAACGAAAAACCGCCUUUCUAGGCUGUAAAAACAAGAAGUUCAAAAAGUCACAAAAUUGACAUUUUCCCAAAGGGGUUAACUCAUAGUUUUGGUACGAAAAUGGCCAUUUUUCCAACUUUUUUUUUUAACCAAUAUGUGUUCGUCCACCAGGGAAACACAUAUCCCUAGUGAUAUGUGUUCCCUUACCUGGGAAACACAUAUCGCUAGUGAUAUGUGCUCUCCCACGUUAAAAACACUUGUCCCUAGUGAUAUGUGUUGCCCCACGUGGGAAACACAUAUCCCUAGUAAUAUGUGUUCCCCCACCUGUGAAACACAUAUCCGUAGUGAUAUGUGUUUCCCUAGGUGGGAAACACAUAUCCCUAGUGAUAUGUGUUCCCCCACCUGGGAAACACAUAUCCCUAGUGAUAUGUGUUCCCUUAAAUGGGAAACACAUAUCCCUAGUGAUAUGUGUUACCCCACCUGGGAAACACAUAUCCCUAGUGAUAUGUGUUCCCCUAUGUGGGAAACACAUAUCCCUAGUGAUGUGUGUUCCCCUAUAGCGGAAACACAUAUCCCUAGUGAUAUGUGUUUCCCCACCUGGGAAACACGUAUCCUUAGUAAUAUGUGUUCCCCCACCCUGGAAACACAUAUCCCUAGUGAUAUGUGUUUCCCUAGGUGGGAAACACAUAUCCCUAGUGAUAUGUGUUUCCCCACCUGGGAAAUACAUAUCCGUAGUGAUUUGUGUUCCCCCAUCUUGGAAACACAUAUCCCUAGUGAUAUGUGUUCCCUUACCUGGGAAACACAUAUGCCUAGUGAUAUGUGUUCCUCUACCUGGGAAACACAUAUCCGUAGUGAUAUGUGUUCCUCUACGUGGUAAACACAUAUCCCUAGAGAUAUGUGUUCCCUUACCUGGGAAACACAUAUGCCUAGUGAUAUGUGUUCCUCCACCUGGGAAACACAUAUCCGUAGUGAUAUGUGUUUCUCUACGUGGUAAACACAUAUCCCUAGUGAUAUGUGUUCUGCCACCUGGGGAAACACAUAUCCCUAGUUAUAUGUGUUUCCCCACCUGGGAAACACAUAUCGCUAAUGAUAUGUGUUUUCCAGUAGAUAGCCGUGAGAGAUUAUUCAAUGAAAGCGUUAUAAAUGACUCAAAUUACUGUUAAGUAGCGUCAGAAUGCUGCAUAAUAUCAUAUGUUUAUGCUAGCAAAUUUUGGUGUAUUUUUAUUCUUGUGAUCUUAAACACUAACCCGUUUUGUUACCACCUGUCUAUUAAGUGGAAGUUUAUUGAAUAUUUGGAGCUUUAGGCCUGUUUUGUAUAUCUCUGAAAUGACUCGAACGAAUUGUUUUAAAAUCUCGUCACGUAAUUUUCAUAAUGUAUAUUAAUGGCUGAAACUGUCAUUAAGAUUGAUUUACUGCAACAGCUUGAAAUUUCAGUAGCUGGUCUACAUCCUACAAAAUUUUGCCUUUUAUCAAAUUAUUUCAAAGUUUUUUGAUUUUUUUUGUCAUAGUAAUAUUGAUUUUACUUAGAACUACAUUUUUACAAAUUUUAAUCCAUGGCCAAUUACAGGUGAAAAUUUUAUAGUGAUUAGACAAGGAAAAAAACACUUUUAAGGCAAUUGAAAAAUAUUGAUAUAGCCUUUGAAAACCUGUAUUGAAAGACCUUAAACAGCCUACAAAACUAAACUCUUAGUGUGGGUGGAUGAGAAGGUCAGUAAUAGUGCAUGCAUCAAAAGCAAGUGCCCACCUUUAGGUCACGUGACCUAUACCCAGGUCCCCAGCGCUGUGUGAGGUUAACAUUUUCUACUUUUUUCGUUACACUCGGCUAGUGGAAAGUUACUGUUAUGUUAAUGUUUCUUUUCUCUUACUAUCUGUGGACUAAUUACUUUAAUAACUUUAAGUGCAUUUCUUUGUCAGGUCGUUUAAUUCAACCACAAACAAUGUGCAGACAAGAGUUACGAAAACCUAUUGUAAGGUCUGUAUUGUCGGCAUGUUCAUCUCUAAUCAUGUCACUUGCUAUUUAAAAAAUAGUUGAACUGGAACCUUCCUAAAGUCCCAAGUAAAUUAUCUUUAAUCUUUAAUCAUAACUAUAACAAAAUUUUCAAAUCUGAUUGGCUCUCAACUGCCCUGAUUUCAGCCUUAAUUGGACAGUUUAAUAGGACAGUACGCGUCAUGCCUAAGUAAUCGGACAGUACGCGCCAUCACGCGCGCGCUUAAAUGGCUUUUUUUUUUCACUGCUAGCAAAACAGGAUUUCGAAUUUCUUGUGUUUUGGUUUAAAAAAUAGCCUAUUGUAUCACAAAUUUUGUUAAAGUUAUGAUUAAUUGGUAACAGAACUUCGUGUCGUCCAAUUCAGUCUGUAAUCAUACUCGUGAUUAAGCAAAUCGGACUCCCGCUACGCGGUCGUCCGAUUUUGUUAAUCACUCGUAUGAUUACAGACCGAAUUGGACUCCACUCAGUCCUGUUACCAUUACUAAUCACAGUUCGUAACCAUACAUAACUGAUACAAAUGAACUAAUACUAACAUAUACAAUCGAACAAAAAUGCAAAAAUGGUUAACAGGACGGUAGUAGGGGGAAACCAAAUUCCCAUGCUAAGACAUACCUUCCAAUAAAGAAAAAAGAAAAAAAGAAAAAAAAAAUUAAUUAAUAUAUAAACAUAUAUUAAAAGACUAUAAAUUAGACUAUAAAUUAUAAACCUAGAUGCCUAAUAAUAAUGCAUAAACUUAUAUUAAAGACACUAUGCCUAAUAUUUUAAGGUAAAUUAUGAGCGAAGGUACUUAAUCAGUGAAACUUUAAAAGACUGAAGGCUAGGAGAUGACAUUACUUCAGAAGGCAAAGAGUUCCAAUCAUUAAUAUAUCUAUGAAAAAAUGAAUAUUUAAAAUAAUUUGUACGGGCAACUUUAGGCCUUAUUUUAUAAUAUGUGUUUGACAGGUUUAUGGCUAAAAAUGUAUUAAAAUCACUCAACUUGCAGGCAUUACAGCAAGAAAAAGCUCCACUUUCCACUCAUUAUGGGGCCCUCACAGGGUUAGCUGAAUUAGGGCAAGAGGUAUGGCUUGAGCUUAAGCUUAUAUUUUUUUUUAAUCAAUAGUUCAACAUUUUAUUCUCCAAAGAGCUCACUGUGAUGUUGUUACCUUACAGGUUAUUAAAGUCCUUAUUCUUUCAAGACUCAAGACUGAAAGUGUUUUGAUUAAGCAAGGUCAGGAAGGUUUGGAUCCUAUUGAGAAAAAUGCUGCAGAAAACCUCAAGAACCUACUACUGGUGAUUAUAUAGAUCCAUGACUUUUGUACAGCAUAAUAAACGGUACCGCAGGAAAGUACUGCUCAGUAGCUUUCAUUUGAAUGGUGCCACUGCAGGAUUUCAUCCACAGACUCAAAAGUUAGAACCACCUUGUACAGCAUAAUAAACAGUACCACAGGAAAGUACUGCUCAGUAGCUUUCAUUUGAAUGGUGCCACUGCAGGAUUUCAUCCACAGACUCAAAAGUUAGAACCACCUUGUACAGCAUAAUAAACAGUACCACAGGAAAGUACCGCUCGGUAGCUUUCAUUUGAAUGGUCAUACUUUAGGAUUUCAUCCAGAGACUCAAAAGUUAGAACCACCUUGUACAGCAUAAUAAACAGUACCACAGGAAAGUACUGCUCAGUAGCUUUCAUUUGAAUGGUCAUACUUUAGGAUUUCAUCCAGAGACUCAAAAGUUAGAACCACCUUGUACAGCAUAAUAAACAGUACCACAGGAAAGUACUGCUCAGUAGCUUUCAUUUGAAUGGUCACAUUUUUAGGCUUUCACCCACAGACUCUAAAGUAGAACUUUAUAAGGUAGCCAUUUUGAACACGAAGAACAGAGGAUUAACAAAAAUAACAAAUUAUUACGCAGAUUUCAUCAUUUUCGUAUGUUUUUGUUGUAGAAACAUUGUCCUGGUGUUUUACUGAGAAUACGCUUGCCACCUGAUUCCCCUGAACAGUAUGAAAAAGAGUUUGGAGGAAUGGGACGUCUUCUUUGCACCAAAGUCUCCCAGAUGCGACAGACAAUAAACGCAAUGAAAAAGCCAUCUACACUAACAGUAAGGACAGUAUCAGGGAUACCAGCCCUGGGUGUGACCACUCCAACCACGCCCACUACCCCUGGGGCAAUUCCAGCAAAAGCUGUCACCCCUACCACCCCUGGAGCUUUUGCUGUUAGUUUAUCAUCUCAAAAAACUGGAGUGCCCACUACACCAAAGGGGACAACACCUACCACGCCCACCUCGGCAGGGUUGUUGUCACCUGUGGGCCUUUUACCCACUGGGAUGACAGGUUCAAGCGUCACACAACAGAGAAACUCAAGUCCAGGUACACCAAAGACACCCACAUCUGGCGUGACAUCAACAAGUAACACAACACCUGGUAGCUCUGGGACUUAAGGUUUAACAUUGUUUUUUCAUGUUUGUAUUUUAUUGCAGGAUAUAUUUUUGUACAGUUAAACUGCUCAUCUUUUAUAGGCUUUCACAUUAAAUUUUAAACUCAAAACGUGAGUAGAAAGUUAACAUAAUGCAAGCAUAAAAAACCUCAAUUCAGCGCUUUGCAGAGGACAAGCACAAAGAUUAAUAUUUUUCCUUUUUGUGCUUGUUCUUGUGUCUACAUUCAUUUUAGUGGACACAAGACUCUUACAUGGAUGCUAUAAGCUAUAUUUGCUUUGCAAGUGACAACCAGGGUGAAAUAGAUUUUGUUCCUGCGGUAUUGCAUUGUUUUCUCUGUAGAUUGCUAAAAAUCUUGCACCAUUUUCAAAAACAAUCAGCAGUCUUGAAUCUGCUCUGUCAUUAUUUGUUUGAGUUUGCACUUGAGUGGAGUGCCUGCAAACUAGCUUGAAAGCUAAGUGUAUUUCCACGAUAAACAAAGCUUCACCUUUUUAAUAAAGAGACAUUAAAAACAUCUUUAUCCAUGUACAAGUUAAUAAGAAACUUUAUUCCAUAAUUGUUGUCCAUGAACAAAACAGAAAGCUCCUCCUAGUCACUUUAUAAAAUAAAAAUAGGUUUUCUGUGAAAAACUGUAACUUCAGUUAUAUAUUAAAUAAAGAAACUUAGUUUCAUGAAUUUGUGACUCUGACUUUUUCCGUUGUCUGUAAUGCAAUUGUCUAACACAGAGAGAACUUUAAACACUAGGAAGCUCUCAAAUAAGUCUUAGAUUAACGAUU